CCAGAAUGCAGUGCGCUGGCGGGAGCUUUGGAGUGGCUGAACGCUGUCCCUGCAGAGGGCUUCUGCUGUGUGGAAGGUUUGCUGAGGAUUAAAAGCAUCAGCUGGAAUCAAUUUGCAUUUGAAAACUGGAUGAACACAAAGACUCGAUAUUGUGGAUGACUAUCAAAUGAGCAAUGUCAUCUAAGGAACAAGAAAGGCUCUUGUGUUAUAAUGGGGAAGUCCUUGUUUUUCAUUUUUCUAAAGGCAAUUUUACAGAAAAAUGGCCUGCAAAGACAUCCAUAUUACAUGUUAGAAGGAUGGUAUUUGACAGAAGAACAAGAACAUUUGUUUUGAAGUCCACUGGAUGCUUCAACAUAAAGGAAGAAAACUCUAAUUUAAAAAUUGUGUGUUGCAACUGUGUUUCAGAUUUCAGAACUAGAAUUAAUUUCCCGUGCAUUUUGAUACAAAGCAAUGAAAAUAAUAAGGUUUUCAAAUAUUUUCUACUAUUUCUUCACAGUACCAAUAAAUUUGAAAGGCGUUUGAGUUUUGAGCUCGACUAUGAGUUGAAGGACAAUAUAAGGGUCCUCAAUGGCCCUUUAGUUUUAUGGCAACAUGUCAAAGCCUUCUUUUGUAUCUCUUCCCAAAUUGGCAAAGUUGUUAAUAUGUCAGUUAACUUUUCCUCUAUUGAGUGGGCAGGUGAGAUUGAAAAUUUAGGCAUAGUUUUAUUGGGACAAACAGAAGGUUGUUCAUCUGAAGAAGAAUGCACCCAGAAUCUAUCAGAAUCAUAUUAUGCAAUUUGGAAUACCAAAUUUUGUGUAUACUCUCUUGAAAAUCAAGAAGUAUUAAGUAAUACAUACAUUAUACCUCCAGCUUAUAGCAGUGUGGUAACUUGUGUGCACGUCUGUUCAACUGAGAUCAUCACCAACCAGUUAAGAAUAUCUUUGGUUGCCCUUACUCAAAAGAAUCAGCUGAUUUUAUUCCAAAAUGGAACUCCUAAAAGUAUAUGCCAGCUUCCAUUUGAAGAUCCUUGUUCAGUUCAACUUUUAGAUUCAGGUGACGGAAGCCUCUUUUUCAUUAUAUCAUUUAGGUCCAGUGAUGCUUGUGCUAUUUGGAAAAAGAAUUUUCAGGUUGCUGCUAAGUGGGAAAAACUUAGCACAGUACUGAUAGAUGACUUUAUUGGAACUGGAACUGAACAAGUACUGCUCCUUUUUCAAGACUCCUUGAACUCAGAUUGCCUGGCUUCAUUUAAAAUAACAGAUCUUAGCAAAGUAAACUAUUCGAGUGAAUCUUUGGAUUCUAAUAAAGAUGAUUUAUUUGAAGACCAACAAGAAAAUUGUCACUUGGUUGUUCCACCUCUAGAAAGAAGAUUAAACAUUGGUUUAGUUUCUAUUCAAGAAUUACAGCAGCAUCUCUUGCUUAAGGAAAAAAUUAUUUCAAAAUCUUGGAAAGCUUUAAUAAAUUCAAUUCAAGGAAAAGAUAAUAGUACAUCAUAUGCAGAGGAGGAUUUUCUUGUUCCUUUUUGUGGUGAAGAAGAAGAUAGUGUCCAUACCUCUAAUGAAAAGUUACCAGAAAAUUUUCAGGAUUCAAAGCAACUAGUAGAGAAGAUCUGGUAUUGUGUAAUGGAUGAUAGCUUAAUUGUUGGCGUGAAAACCACAUCUUCUUUGAAUCUGUCCCUGAAUGCUGUGACUGUAUCACUGUUAAUGGAUCAAAAUUUUAGCUCCAGUUUUCAGCUUAUUAAGUGUCAAAAUAGGGUGAUUAGUUUGAAUACAGAUUCUUUCCCAGCACCAUAUUUGAUACCACAUGAAGUAGAAUCAAAGGCAAAAAAGAUCAAGUUGACCUCUGAUAGAAAGGAAGAAGAAAGCUUUGUUUGUGAACAGCCAUCUAAGAAAGAGUGUGUUCAGGUAAUUACUGGUGUGACAGCUCUUUCACCACUUUUAGCGUACAGUAAAUUUUGUUGCAUUGUGCUGCUACAAAUUAGGGAAAGAAAAAAUGGUAACUAUCCUGAAGAUCGAUAUAUUCCAUGUGGCAAACUUUUUUUAAGUUUAGAAGAUCUUUCAAGUGGGAAUUAUCUACUGACAUUUCCAGAGAACAAACCAAUAGAACACAUGGAAAAUCUAUUUGCAUAUCUCACAGUAUUGCACAAAUCUUGUUUUCAAAUCACAUCACCUGGGUAUGCCCUAAAUUCAAUGAUGGUGUGGCUUAUAGACCACAUGAAAGGUGAAGUAAUCAAAGAAUUUCCAGAAAUGUGCUUUUGUAAAAGGCCAGGUAGUUCCUAUGGGACACUCUUCAGAUGGAAACAAAGAACAUUAUUUGAAGGGAUUUUAACAGUCUAUUCCAGGAAUCAAACAGUUUUGUUACAGUGCCUUCAUAAUCUCAUCAGAGUUCUUCCUAUAAACUGUUUCUUCAAAUAUCUAAAAUUAGGAAGUGAGGAUAUCCCAGCUGAUCGUUUGGCACUGACUUUAGAGAAGGAACUGGUUACCUUUGGUUCUCUUUCUUCUUCUGCGUUAGCUAAGGUUGAAAGCAACUUUAUUCAGAACUCUGAAGCAAGCAAAGGAAACAGUAGUGCCAUGAUUGCUUCAUCAGAUGAAACAGAGAAAAUCCAUCUGUAUAGAAGAGAAGUUCAAACAGAAAAGGAGAAACUGUUAGAAAUGAACCUAAAAGUGAGUGGUACCCUUUAUAGAGAGAUGACUUUGAAAUUAGCUGAGAUUCAAUUGAAAUCAGACCUUGUUGCACAAAAACUGACCAGUUUAUAA